AUGGAAGAGUACGUCUGUCGUGGAAUUUACAAAACACCUGCGGCGCCUCCUCAUUGCUCCAUUUAUGGCACGGUGGACGGGUCGACAUUUGAAAGUGGCGAGAUGGAGGCGGAAAUGGAUGGCGAUAAAUUUUCUUGUAGAACUGGAGUUAGUUCUAAUCUUCCGGCCUCCCUUAUCUGCGAAGUUUCAACCAACGAAUUUCCUCCUAUCUCGUCCGAGCUCUUCCAAAACGGCGAUGAGUCCAAGCUCGCCGUUGGUGUCGUCGUUGGCAUCUGUGUCGGAGUCUUUCUCCUUUGCCUUGGCGUAGCGCUUUUCUUCGUCUUCCGAAAUCGCAAGAAUCAGAAAAGUCGAGCUCCUUCGAUUUCGUAUCCUGAGUCGGUUGUCAACGGACAUGCGACUGCUGGAAGCUUCAAUUCCGGAAAACCAAGGCAGAUUUCGACGACUUUUGUUGGCAACUACAAUCAAGAAAGCGAUUCGGAGUACUCAGAAGAAGAGGUUUACUCGGAGACCGAUGAGUCAUCAGAAGAUGAAAUCGCCAGAAUCAAGAGCAAGUAUCGUAGUCAAUCUUCAACCAACCAUCAAUCAAGCCGAUAUCAAGCUGUCCCUCUUCAUCACGACACAACUACAGUCGACCUCACCCUCAGUCGCCCUCCACAGAAUCAUCAUCAUCAAAGCCUUCAUGCGCCAAGCUACAGUCCUCCGCCCCCACCAGAAGCGACGGAGGAGAGCAUUCAGAUUCUCAAACAGUUCCAGAGCAUUUUUACGGCGAAUGAAAAUGCGAAUCGAAAAGGUCGCAGUGGAAGCAAAUUUCAAGAAUCUGUAGUUAUUUGA